AAACAAAAGAGGUCAUAUUUUGUCAGCGAACUUUUAAAAAUACCGCCAAAAUUACUAUUUUAUGCGCAUGACAGAAACGGAUCAUUUCACUUCCUGCAAUUUGAAAACAAAAACAUCAUGUUUUUUAACUUUUAAACAUAUCAUCACAUGGCGAAGCAGGACCCCAUUGGAGAUGUAUGGGCUAAGAAUGCAUUACAUAGAGCUGUAACAGUAGGCCAGAAUGUUUAUCUCAGAGCUGCUUCAAGGAAAGUUAAUUGGCCCGAAUAUAAACCAAGAGGUCAAAGACCUAUUGAGGAAUCAGACUCAUACACCAGUAUAGAUGAUGCAUUUAGUACUAUUAUACAGUUCAUGUCACAAACCUCAAGGCAGUGUAAGAAAUACUAUGAUACUAACAAAACAAACAGAGACCAUUGUGAUUCACAACACUGUAGUAGAUUCCAUAAUCCAGCAUACAGUGAAAUACAGAACAGUAGCCCUCUUCAAAGAACAGAAGACGUACAUGUAGUUGUUCAGCCUGGGACAUACUCUGUCACUGCAGGAUGUUGGGGUCAACAUCAACAACGAAAACAUGUAGUGCAUGUGGACAAAGGACAGUCAGUUGACCUUGACUUUUGCUUGUGAUAAUAUUUUCUUAUUUUAAGAUAUUUUAUCCAUUGUCUUUAAUUAAGACAUUAUUUUCUCUCAUUAGGAAUACUUUUCAAUGGUAUUAUGAAAUUAAAAUCUUUAAAACAAAGCACUGUUUGAAAAUUUUGCUAUCAUUUUAAGGGUUUAAUGUUAGAUAUUCAUUCAACAUACUGUCUAAAGCAAAGAAAACCUUACAUUUUAUCUUGAAUCUUACUUGCAAUAUAUUUGUGGUCAUUCUUCUAGUCAUAUGGGUUUUGUACAACAAUAUAACACAGCAAUAUUUUGUUUUAGCUAUCACAAGUUACAACUAAUAUUAGGUUUAAAUUUCUAUUCUAUGCAUUUAGCUAUAUAUUUUUUAUAUGUAUGUAUGUGUUCAGUAAAAGGACAAGACAAUCUUUUUGAAAAGUUUUAUGUAUUUUAUGUGUUUUUCAAGUUUAUUGUUUUUAUAUCCUUUAAAUGAGAUUAAAAUAAAGAUGUUUGUUUAUUA